GAAGAAUUGAUCACUACCCACAAGCCUCUAUGUUUCAACAUGGAAGCAUGUGCGAGGCACGACUUUACACAAACAGCUGAUGACGAAUUAAGUUUUAAGAAAGGAACCAUAUUAAAGAUAUUGAGAACCGAUGAAGACAAGAACUGGUACAAAGCUGAACAAGAUGGAAAGGAAGGAUACAUACCAAAUAAUUAUGUAGAACUAAAGCCACAUCCGUGGUAUGUUGGUUCUAUAUCACGGAUGAAGGCGGAGGAGAUGCUACUGAAUGGGAACCAUCAGGACGGGGCCUUCCUUGUACGGAACAGUGAGAGCACGCCGGGGGAGUUCUCUAUAUCAGUCAAAUAUCAAAAUGGUGUCCAGCAUUUUAAAGUAUUACGAGAUGGAAAUGGCAAGUACUUCCUUUGGGUGGUGAAGUUUAAUUCCCUGAACGAACUCAUUGAGUACCAUCGGACAUCCUCCGUCAGUCGCCAACAACCUAAGCCAAUUUACUUGAAGGACAUGGAACCUCAGGUCCAGUAUGUGGAAGCCAUGUAUGACUUUUGUCCAGAAAGCUGUGAUGAGCUGGCAUUCAAGAAAAAGGAAGUGAUCAAACUUAUCGACAAGGUGGAUGAGAACUGGUGGAAGGGGGAACUCAAGGGGGUGAUAGGUGUCUUCCCAGCCAAAUAUGUCAAGAUGAAAUAACACCGGGAGGGACAGCGCCACAGUGACAUGCUUCGUGAUCGGCAUCUGCUGCACAAGUGUUCUCUUCAGUGACUUGAGCCAGACGAGAUUGUGAACUUAAAAGUCAUAUUUAAUUCCUACAUAAAGGUAUUCUCAUUGAGUAUCAUGAUACAGUUAUUUGCAAACUUGUGUUUGUAAUUUAGCUUGUACACCAAGUGCCAACUUCAUUUUAUCAAAACCAAUUUUAUGUGUUGUUUACGUUGUGCAGAUUUGCUUGAAAGCAAUUUUUACGGAUUAUUUGAGCACCCCACCAGUCUUGGAGUAUUUGAGAUAUUUCUUGGACAGUGUUAUGUUAGUGUAUGGGAUAAGUGUGAAUGUAGUACAAGCUGUAUCUAACUAGAGCAAUAAUUAUUUCCUGGGUGCUCUCAGGCUUCUGUGUCCUGGUGGAUGUGUUGAGCUUUGUACUAACAGUGAACAGGACACUUGAAAAUGAUGCAUGAUAGAUUUGCGUGAUUUUUUAUGUUUUGUAUUACUAAAUCUGCUCAUUUGUCUUUAGUUAGUUUUGAGGUCUGAUAUUGAUCUGAUAGAAAGAACCUGAACGUGUUUGGUGGUUUUCAGUGUAAAAGUCAUCUGACUAGAGGUUUCAAAUGUAAUUUGGACGUAUCAAAUCAAUAACAUACCUCAAAAUUCUGAGCAAACAUAGCAGGUUUAUAUAGUCUACCAUGACAAAAUAAAAUGAAAAGUGAACGUCAGUGGUAAUGUGGUACUUGGCUAAGUCUGUUGUGAGUAGUUUAAAAAUGAUGUUCUCACUUAUAGUCAAUUGCCUUUGAGCAAAGUAUGCUGUGUACUUGAUUUAUAGAUUUCCAAUGAUAUACAUUACUCACAAUGUUAAACUAACACAAUGUAGAAGAGCAAUUGUGAGAAAAAAUAGAAGGCCACCCCUCAAAACAAAUGAAGCGGAUAUGGCAUUACUUGCAGGGUUUAUUUCUAUACAUACAUAACCAUAGAAACGACACUUCAACAAUGUGAUGUUGUGAAUGUGACCUUGCAGUCAAUGAUAGAGAAGAGUCAAAUUUCAAGCAAUCUGUGUCCCUGAAGUUUAUGAUAUACUCACAUAUUCGUUCAUUAUUUGGUGUCAGUUCAGUAUGGAUUGACACACAGGUUGAAUGUUCGAGGAACCUCACUGUGACUGUUUGUACCCUACAUUUGCUACUAUCAUCAGUAUUUGAAACUGCCUGCAAAUAAGGAAGGAGAAAUAAUGAUUUCUCUAAUGAUUUGCUAUUACAAUGAUGCAGUUGUGAAUGUUUUGAAAUAGAGGUGUGUUAUUGAGAUUUGAAACUUCUGAUUUGCCAGCAGGUUCUACUAAGUCAUGGAAGAAUAUAUGUGUUGACAGCAGCAUCAGUGGUCAUGAGAAUUGUUCCUUGAACAGUGAUUCACGUACAGCACAUGUGUAAUUAUGUGACACUGCUAGGAUGGGUUUGUACCAAAAUUUUACACGCUUGAUGCUCCAACAUUCUCUCACAGUUUGCCAUAAUUGAUAGUUCCCUGUAGAAUAUGAAUAAGAAUUUCUGCAAUGCAACAUUUUGAAUAAUUUAAGAGCUAUCUUUUUUAAAUUUUUGAAAGGAAAGACUUUUCAGGUGUUGAACACUUUACCUCAAAUUGAUUCACUGUUGAAUAAUUGUCCUAUCUUGAUAAUCCUUAUGAUUGAUAAGCCUGUUAUCGUCAACCUAAAUAUUAUCAUUAUUAUUACAAUGCAAAAUAUUUUACAUACUUUGAUUUGCCAUGUCUUCAUAUCUGUAAAUAUUGUACAUUGUAAAAAGAAAAAUGACAUUUCUGAACUUGCACAAUAUAUCUCCUUACUAUGGCUGCAUUCGACAGGGAGUACUUUUUCAGCCAAACUGUAUAUUUGUGUUGAUGGAAGUAUGAUUAUGAGGGCUGUUUCAGUGAAAGCAGCUGGAACCAUGGUAACCUGUAAUAAGGUGGCUGGAUAGUUUAAACUUGUUGCCACGGUGACUAUUGUUUGAGAGCUACUGUAACUAUGGUAACUGUUUGACAAUUGUCUGCAUUAGUUAUAUUCACAUUUGCUGCAGUUUGUAGUUAGAUAUAUAGAAAAUAUUCCACCUUUUACAUGCUGUAGACAAACCAUGGGUAAUCCCUCCCAAGCAUUUUGACUCGAGUCAGAAAAAUGCAGUAAAUGUUUGUAAUGGUUUAUGGUGAGGCUUUUUAUCAGCAUUAUUGUGUUAUGUGAAGAUAUUGCCCUGAUUUAUGCAACGAAUAUGCCUGAUUUACUUUGCUUUGAGAGUUUUUGCAUUUACUAGUGUAGCGAUAAUUCUUUUCAUAGUAAGGAGCAUAGCCACUGCAGGGUUCGCAUAGGCUUGAAAAGGUCUCGUUUUGAGGCCCAUCUUGAAAAAUCCUGGAAUAUAACUUCUGCCUUAAAUAUGCCUUAAAAAUGCCUUUAAAAUGAACAGUGUGCCUUGAAAAGGCCUUGACAUUUUCUUACCAAUGCCCAUUAUAAAAGAAUUGCUUAGUACUCAUAAAUAUGUUUUUUAUAUUUUUUGAAAAAAAUGUAUAAAAUAAACAUUUGAAGAAAGCAAUUAGUAGGGAUCUCUUUACUGUUGGAAACCAUAGUUAUCUCCCUUCCAAUGAUCGUCUGCUUCUCUUAAGAGUCCAAUAUAUAAUUUGGAUUUCCUUGCAUUUGUUGGAGGGACCCUUGAAAAGAUACUGGUAUUUAAUUUUGUGACAAAUUCACAGCGAACCCUGUACUGCAAUGAUGCAGAUUUUGUUUUUAGUUCAAUUGGUCAUUGACUAGGGAAGCUCAUUGUGCAUGGUUGUUACCUGUCCUGUAGAAUUCAACUAUUUUUAUCAAAAUGUUUUAAAUUUGUGACUUGAGUUUUAGAAUUGAACUUUAUUUUGGAAUUGAAUUUGGGUCAUUUGAUAUUUGAAAUGCUCUCUAGGCAUGAAUUUCUUAUAAUAACAUUACACAUUUAGCACGUUAAUAUACUUAGAUCAUGGGUCAAGGUCAUUCUCAAGGUCAUGUUUUUAAACAAAUGUUUAAGAUGCAUUGACUGUGGCUAAAUAAACUUGAUGCAUGUCAUCCUGGCAAUCUAGGCUUGAAACUGGUAAAUGUUUUUGAGUGACCUUGCAUGAUGUAAAAGUCACUGUGAAGGUCAUCUAUUAAGUAUGUGACCUUGAUAUUUAUAGUGGAACCUGCACAAGUGUUUGCAUCAGUAAAGAAAUUGUAGCUUUGUCGAUUUUGGACUGCAAUGCAGACUCUUCAAUAGGUUUAAUACAUUUUUUGUUAAAAAUGAAGGUUUUUGCUCUGUCAUAGCUUUUGCUAAUAGACUGAGUAAAUCUAUAUCACGAAUGUGUGGAGCAUGGAGAGAUUUGUUGAUCUCCUGCAAAAGAUAGGACUUUUUCACACUGUCAUGCAACCACAAGCUUUAAGCAUCUAGAAAAGCUGAACUUUGGUGAUCAAUAUUAACAUUUGCAUGAUGAUAUAGCCAACUGACUGUGGUGUGUAGCCGGUGUCAUAAAAUGAUUACUGUGUUUUCAUAAUGGUUGGCAUGGAUUAUUCUGUCAUUCAGUAUUAUGUAUAAAUAGUUAGCAUAGAUUUUACUGAUUUUCCUUUGGUCAAACCAAUCUGGAUAUAUAUUGAUGCGUCCACCUCCAGUAUGCCCACGCAUACGGACACAGCAUCCUCUUUGUCCAUUGUAGUAAUAUUGCAGGAUCUCAGAUUUGCUGUCUCCCUUUCACUUGUAUAGUGUGCAGACAUAGAUUGUUCUAUGGUGGUUAAUUAUGCCUUAUUAUGUAUAUGGUCCUGUGUUUGAAAUAGAGAGUGUAAGUCAUGGGGUCCUUGUCAUAAACUAAAUGAUGCAAUGUCCAUGUCAUUAAAGUCGUAUCUCGUGUUCCGAUAUAAUAGCUCUCUGUGUUAGGAUUUGUGGUCACCUCUAUUGAAGGUUGAGUGAAUUCAAUCCUGAGUGAACUUUGACCGCCCAACCUGAAUACAGGAAGGGUUGGUCCUUGGGCCAAUCAGAUGUCAGCUUUCUAAAACAAUUAGGCUUAUAUCUUUACCAUCUCGAUUCAGAAAAUUCUAUUGUUAACAAAUGAAAACCCUCACAGAACAUUUCUUCAAUUGUAGUAACUAACAUUUGGCUCUUCUGAUACUACAGGGUGAAUUAUAUGUCAACAACAAUGAUGGCACAACAUUUAUCGUAUGAAUUCGGAACAAGCAGAAUAACUUCAUUUUCAAGAUACAGAAAUGAGAUAUGCAGGUCUGAAUGCUUUGCUAACUCUUUGAGAAGUUUGGAGCCUAGACGCUGAUUAGCUGAUCAGAAAGUUCACUUGGUGCGAUUCCUGGAGAUGUUGUCACAUAUAAAAGUAACUGAUUUUUAGUGAAAUUGAUGGUAUGUCAGGUUCAAAUACUGUAGCAGCAAUCAUGGAGGACCCCAGGACCCUCUUUCCUCUAACACUGUAUAUCUAUCACAGAGCUGAAAUAAUACAGCAUGUUUCUGUAACAGACUCGGACUGAAUUUCAGUAAAUGCCAAAUCCUCUGUAAUUGAUUUCAUAUUGGGUUUGAUCAGAAUAUGUCAUUAACAUGGUAAUUAAGACAUGUAACAUGAUAAUUAAGACAUGGUGACAUGGUAAUUAAGACAUGUAACAUGAUAAUUAAGACAUGGUGACAUGAUAAUUAAGGCAUGGUGACAUGAUAUUUAAGACAUGGUGACAUGGUAAUUAAGACAAGGUGACAUAAUUAAGACAUUGUGACAUGGUAAUUAAGACAUUGUGACAUGGUAAUUAAGACAUGGUGACAUGGUAAUUAAGACAUGUAACAUGAUAAUUAAGGCCUGGUGACAUGAUAAUUAAGGCAUGGUGACAUGAUAUUUAAGACAUGGUGACAUGGUAAUUAAGACAAGGUGACAUAAUUAAGACAUUGUGACAUGGUAAUUAAGACAUUGUGACAUGGUAAUUAAGGCAUGAUUACAUGAUAAUUAAGACAAUGACUUGCAUGUGCAGCCAUUUUGUGUAUAGUGUGCAAAUCAGUACUCUUCCAUUAUUUGAAGUUUGUGAGGUGUUGGUGACUGCUGUGAAUGGAGCCCGAUAUCAAGCCUGGGGCAAAUCAAAGUACCUGUGUGAUCCAUGGUGGCCAACAAUGUGAUCAGUUCAAGACGUGUAUGUACAUAAUAACUAUAAGGGAGCAUUCCAAAAGUUGGAUGUUGGAUAAAAUCUUAAUUCUUCUUUCUCAAAUUUUGCUCUGAAAUAAAGCCCAUCUCCCUCACAGGGAGAAAAAGCAGUAUCCGAAAAAGCAGUCAAGUUGACAACUUCCAAAUCUCUUAAGUAAUAAUGAUGGAGGAUUUGUAUGACAAAAGAGCCUCUUUUGGAUGUUGACAUUUUCACUGGAGGUUCUUUAGGGUUUGGUAUCCAACACUGAACUUUUAAACUGCUCACUUAUGAGAAUAAUGUUGAAAUAUUUGUACUUUCGUUAUUCUUCAAUGAACCUGUCAGUGCAAUGAGUGUCCAAACAUGUACUCAUUGAAAUAUGGAAUCAUUUGGUGACCUUUUGCAAUAAUAAGUUUCCUCUGGACAUAGGUGUAUGGCAUCCUGUGAUUUAAAAGAAGGAAAUGUAUUGGCGUUCAGGUUUGAAAUGGAGAAAGUUUAGUUACAGUGAUUAUCAAUGUGGAUGGUCUUACACCAUCCAGUCUUAACAUGUGACACAUUCGGCCUGUUACUUGACUAAGUAUUGUGUAUGUCUAAGUGCUGGACUGUGCCAGGCAUCUGUUGUUAUAUGUAUAUGGUUAUUGUAUACAUUUUGCUUUGUGUGCUCAUGUUUUCAAUAUGCUGUGCAUUUGAAAUCUGUUUCCUCUUCAUGUGUAGCUGUCUGGAACUCUGUGCAUCCUUGAAUUAGCCCUGGGUGUGUUGACAUCUGAAUUGUCUAUGGCCUGACAUUUAAUUGGGCAGGCAUUAUUUUGUUUCAAAGGUUUCAAAUAUCUUUUUUUUUUAACCUAUAAGUUUUAACAUAUAAAAGGGAACACAGUUUGACCUGGGGUUUAAUGGCAGGCGUGUAUUUCUGAUUUCUGUGCAUUGUUAUGCCUGGUGUAUAUUCAAGGCUGGCGUUUAUUCAUGGCAUCACUUGUUCAAGGAUUUACAGUAAUAUUAAGUCCUUACUGAGUAACUUCCAUCAUUAUCGGUUUAUGCUAUUUCAGUUUCUUGCACUUUCAAUCUUGUAUGAGUGUCGUGCUUCAGUUGUCAAACCAAUAUGGAAUCUUUGGUAAAAGAAGCAUUUUCACUUGGCAUAGGAACAUGUUGGGUUUAGUCAAGAAUUAUUUUUCACAAUAAGUAUGGAAAAUACAAACUCCCUUUUUCUGAAAUUAACAGUGUUUGGAUGAAACUGUAAACAAGAUGUUGACCUUGACACUUCUUAUUAAUAUCCCUUAUACCGGUAAGUGAGGGAUGUUUGUAGGAUAAUUUGCCUCUGUUAGUCCGGAUCACCACCAUCCUGACAAAUUCAGUUUGGAUAAUCAAGUGACAUUAUGAUAAAUGCAUGAUUCAUUUAGUGUAAAACUUAAAAAUCAGGAGGCUUGCACUCUGAAUACUGUCCAGAGUAAGACUUUGUACAAGUUUUGAUCAUAGAGACACUGAAAUAUUCACUGUCAAUGCUUCACAGAUUUGUAUACACUGUUCCUCCAUCAACCAUGAAUACAUACAUCCACUUGUUGCGUAGUCCCUCUUUUUAACCAAGGAACCAGUCUGGUUCCAGCGAGAUGGAAACCUGCGGAUUUUCAGACAAAUCAGAGCGCUGACUACAUCGCACAAACAGCAGUAUUUCUUGUGCAACAUGCACCACACAUGACUUCAAUGUCGGGCUUGGGUUGGGUUUGCACCAAGUUCAUGCAGUCAUACACAUGCACUGUAAAUGGCCUAAUUUCAUUAGCUAGAAAUAGACAUGUCAUUACUACGGCACAAAGCGGCGUACAUAUUCACGGGUGAUGGAGGUGUGUAGAGUAUACAAACCUGUGAAGUAUUGACAAUGUCUCUAAACUUUGAUUGCGUCAAGUCUGAAUGAAACAGGCCUUGUUUCCCGGGCAGUCGUCCGUAUUUGCACCCCUCAGCUUGUGUUUGAUUAUUCCUCGGGUUUUAGGUUGUUACUGCAGGUUUUACACGUUGUUAUGCCUCGAGUACAGAAGCGGUUCUGUAAGCUGCUGAACUGCAUGAUUAUGGCCCGAUUCUGUGGUAUGCCCAAGGAAAAGGCCGUACCUCAGACAUAAUGAAGCCUAAGUUAUAAGUUGAGAGUAUUUUUAUCUUGUGUUUUAUCUCUGAUACGUGUACCAACAAAUGUGAUGACUGCUUAUACUGUUAGUUAGGUCUACUGCAUCCUUGAUUAUACAGUGCAUUAUAUCUCCAUACGCUUUUGAUACAUACCCUGGACCAUUUGUUACGUUGCUUCGUUAUGUGCCCUAUUCAGUUGGCACACCAUUAAAACUAGCUAUCCAAUCAAAUUAUUCUCAUGAGCAAGAGAAAUCCUGUGGAAAUAAGAGUGAUGGAGGUUGUGACAUUACUUCCGACAUGACCAAUAGUGGCGAGAGGGUCCAGGGUUUUUAUCACAGACUUGA